CAAAUCGUACUUCUUGAAAGCACGAGGGCGUGCCGUCGGCAUGUCUACGGCUGGCAGCAACGUGGGGCAGAUGAUGAUGCCACACCUGGUGCGUUUCCUGCUGGAGAACUACGGCUUCAGCGGCGCCAUGCUGGUGCUGGGAGGCGUGGCGAUGCACCUUCCGGCAUGCAGCCUCCUCUACCAGCCGCUGGAGUGGCACGCCGAGCGCCGACCAGUCGCCAGCGAGCUGAAGCCGCUGAAGGGCGAGCCAGACAGUUCCACAGAUCGCACUGCAGUGGACAAGGAGUCGCCCAAGGUCCGACAACCGAGGCGUUUCGCGUCCGUGACGUCACUAGCCACAUCCGAGCUGGGCGACAUGAGCGAAGCCAUACCUGUCGAUAACAAGAAGUGCCUACCUCCCACUAGCGAAGAAGACCCAGGCCCUGUCCAGCAGAAGACUCAGCCAGUGUGGCGUCGAGUGAUGGCUUUCAUGGACCUGGACCUGCUGCGGAACUGGGUGUACCUCAACGUGAUGUUCGGCUCGGCGUGCAUGACCGUGGCGGCCAUCAACUUCUCGCUGCUGCUGCCCUUGUACCUGCAGCGCCACCUCCACCUCUCGCUGUCGGAGACGGCGCUCUGCCUCACCGUGACGGCCGCCGGGGACUUCGUGUCCAGGAUCACGGUGCCUUCUUUCACGGACCGCUUCAAGAUCAGGCCGCGCCUUACGUUCUUGGUGGGCGCCAUCUUCUGUACAAUCACUCGCUCAGUGAUAGCCACGUCCUCUAGCACGGUGGCGCUGUAUGUGUGGAACACUCUGGCUGGAUUCUCUCGAGGCGCCGCCAUCAUCAACAUUAACCUGUGCGUUGCCGAAGUGUGCCCCGACCACAAGCUUCCAGCCGCCGUAGGCCUUAACAUGGUGACAAGCGGCGUUUUCCUCUUCACCCUUGGACCCGCUAUAGGUUACGUCCGUGACGCGACAGGAGACUACCCACUGUGUAUUCACCUGCUGACUGUGUUGUUGCUCGUCGCCAUGGCGGCUUGGCUCAUAGAGGGCGCCAUGCAUUGGUGCCACCGAAAGAGAUGAUUCCAAACUUCAGUUAACGAUGAAGAGUAACCAGACGGAGAACAAUGAUGUCUCUCUCUACAUCUGAACAGGAAUCUUAUAUUUAAAGCAUUAUUGCACAUCUGUAAGCUUCUUCAUGAAAUCUCAUAGGGAAAUUAAGUUAUAAAUUGUGUGUUUAUUUGACGUGUGUUAAUUUCAUCUUUACUCAUGUUACCCUUCUGGCAGAAAUCAACAAUGCUAACUUCUCAAUAUUUAUAGUGGGACGUCACAUGGAACAUAUUGUAAGUUAACCACA